UCUGAAGAUGAAAAUCAAAAGAAUAUUAUGGAUCUUUUAACCAAAUCUCAGGAGAAUAGGAAAGCUUCUGAAAACGUUGCCAAGCAUUUUCUGCAGAAAUUGGAUCGAAGUUACGGUAUCUCGUCUAGAAUGGGUGCUUGUCAUCUUAGCCCAUGGGAAGAUCUUUCUUCUCAUAGUCACACGACAAGUACCUCUAGUUCCGUGUCCAGUAGCUGUGAUAGUGGUGUAGAGUUCACUAAAGUGGAUGAGCGUAGACUCAGGGACUAUAUCAUUCAGUUGAAGAAUGACAGGUCUGCUGUGCGGACCACUGUAGUUGAGCUGGAGAGUAUCCACAUUGAUCCCAUUAACAAAGAUCCACCAACAAUAAUAGAUGCUCAAAAGCUGGAUUUGGAAAACGCCGUCCUCAUGCAGGAAUUGAUGGCCAUGAAAGUUAGUGUUAUUUGA